CUUCUUAUUUUUUCAUUUCUCUCUCUUUUCUCUUUCUCUCUCUUCUUGUGUAGAAUUUCCUUUGCCUACCUCAUGAAUCAUGACAUUUCUUACCCUUUGAUUCUUUUUUAUAUUAUUAUGGGGUCAAAUUAACUCAAAUGAGUGACUAAAAAAAGGGUAAUCUGUCUUGUUUCUGUAGUUCAAGUCUUCCCAUUCACAUCUUCAUCAAAUCCUGAAGAAAGAAAAUUACCAUGGAUGAAGAAUCUAGGGUUUGAGUUUUCCAAAGGUCUGUUCUUUUAAUUUUUUUUCAAGUUCCAUCUUCACUUUUCGCUUCACAAAAUUGAAAAUUUCAUGUUACUUCCUUGAUCUAAACCUGGGUCAUUUUCAUAAUUGAUUUUUAAGCUUACCCAUUUCAGUUAAAUCUAUUUCAGUCUUAUGUUCAGGAAAGUAUUACCCUUUAAAGUUGAACUGUUGAAUUCUAAUUGAAAUUUGACUCAUUACCCUUAAUUCUCAAGCUUAAUGGGUGCUUAUAGCUCUGAUUGUUGAUUUUAGUUGUGAUUUGAGGAGUUUUAGUGUUAAUAAUGGUUGAACUAUUUCUGGGUUCUUGGGGGUGGGAGUUUAGGGUUUAAAGCUUCCAUUUUUGUUGCAUUAUUUACCUCCCUAAAAUGGAAGGAGUUGAGGAAGCUAAUAAAUUAGCUGUUGAGAGUUGUCAUAGAGUUCUUAGUAUUAUAUCUCAACCACAAGAACAAACCCAAUUUAGGAAUCUAGCAGUUGAAACUCAGCACGCUGUGAGCAAGUUUAAGAGGGUUGUAUCCCUUCUUAGCAAUGGAUUAGGUCAUGGAAGAGCUAGAAUAACAAAGAAAAAUAGGUCUACCCCUUUUCCUCAAAACAUUUUACUAGAGAGUUCUAAUGACCCUAAGAUUGAAUCAUGUACUCAACCUGUUAAGGCUCUUCAAUGGCUCAAAACCAACUUGAAUGAGAGUUUGAUCCAAGAAAAUGGAUCUACAACUGGGAAAAGUUGUUUGUCUCUAGGGGGAAAUCGCUCACUAGAAAUGAGCUCAGGUGGGAAAACCCAACUUCAGCUUGCUCAGCCGAGUUUGUCGCCACAUUAUCAGUUGUUUCAGCAACAGAAGGUUCAGCUUCAACAAUUUCAUCAGCAACAACGGUUAAAACAACACGCUGAGAUGUUGUAUCGAAGGAGCAAUAGUGGGAUUAACUUGAAUUUCGAUAGUUCUAGUUGUACCCCGACAAUGUCUUCGACUAGAUCGUUUAUUUCUUCGUUGAGUGUCGAUGGAAGUGUGGCGAAUAUGGAUGGAAAUGGGUUUAAUUUGUUUAGUGUGAGUCAGUCAUCAGACCAUUCAUUGACUCAGCACAGGAAGAGGUGUUCUGGCAGAGGUGAAGAUGGAAGUGUGAAAUGUGGGAGCAGUGGAAGAUGUCAUUGUUCCAAAAAGAGGAAGCACAGGGUAAAGAGAAUAAUCAAGGUUCCUGCUAUUAGUAACAAGCUGGCUGAUAUCCCUCCGGAUGAAUACUCGUGGAGAAAGUAUGGGCAAAAGCCAAUUAAGGGUUCGCCUCAUCCUAGGGGUUACUACAAGUGUAGCAGUAUAAGAGGAUGCCCUGCUAGGAAGCAUGUUGAGAGGUGCUUGGAAGAACCAUCAAUGCUCAUUGUUACUUAUGAAGGUGAGCACAAUCACCCCCGCCUUCCAUCACAAUCGGCAAACACAUGAUUCAAUGAAGCGUUUUGCCAUUGAGAAACCUCUUCGACUUUUAUGGAACAUGAUAGAAUGAUGUGAAUUGCUCCUGUAAAUAGUUCCUUUGAUCCAGGCAAGUGAAAAUUUUAGGGAUAGCCUUUUGGUAAUGUGGGAGCAUUUUUUCGUUUAAUUAGGGGGAUGAGCGCGCAGGCAUAUUGUAUUGGUAUCAUAGUAUGAGGAGGCUCCAAGGCUUUAGGGUUUAAAAUGUAAAAUAUCUUCCAUAACAUGUUGUCUCUAUUAAAGUUGGGAAGGUGUUUUAUAUGGUUCAAAACUUGUAGUCAUUCCGAGUUUUCUUUCAUUCUUUGAAUCUUUAUUGACAUCAAUUUAUGGUCCGAACAAACUGUUUGACUAGCAAGGGUUCUAUGAUCGAUCCCCGAAUAGGUAUUACACCGCAAGCAAUCCGUAUUACCGCAUCAUUGCGAAAGUGGUUGUUUUGAUCAUAAGUAGUUUAGUUUUAGUUGUAUUUUGCUUACCCCAAAUUUCCUGGAAGUUUAUUGGUUUUAACCAUUUAUGGCAUCAAAUUUGGCUUUUAUGAAGACUUGGCAACAAUAGCAUGAUUGAACAUGUAUGGAGGCUGAUCUUGUUAGGAUUUGCUUGUUUUAAAAGGUGAGAGGUUAGACUUUUUAAGUGUUUAAAUUGAUGGAUAUUGUUUAACUAUUCUUGUAUCUUAUCUGAUUUUUGACUUUUGUGUAGAUGAGUUGUCUUCUAUCAUUGAUCAAUUGUUUGAACUUUGCUUAUAAUCUUCAAAGAUGGGUCCCAUCUUAUAGUAAUGAUAUUGCAUCCUUAGUUUCCUUCUCAUCCCCUUUUUUUUCUAGAUUAUGGUUAGGAGCCUUAAUUUUCUAUCUUUAGACACAUGUGAGUUCUAAACGCCCAUGAUUAAAGUUGUUUAAAGCAGAUCCGAUAAUCCGAUAUUUACCCGACCUUAGAAUCGAACCCGACUUCAAAAUGAAUUUUUUAAAAAUGUAAAAAUCAAUGUGAACAUAAGACUCGAUUUUGAACCGAUUCGAAACAUCAGACUCGAAAUUGAUCUGAUAACUCGAAAGAACACCUAUAAUUAUUAUGCAUAUGUUGUCAUUAUCUUGGUUAAGGAAUGAGACAUUUUAACAUGUUUUGUUUCUUAGUUCAUCAAGCAUGUUUACUUUGUUGAAGGUAUAGAACUUAGAAGGUAAGGAAAGGCUGACUUGAACAAUUAGGUUUGGUUCAAGAAGAGUAUUGACUAAUCUUUACAAGUCAAUUGAGUAGAAGUAAAGUGAGAAAUCAACAUCAAUUAAAUUUUGACCUAAUGCUAAAAAUGACUGUUAAUCCUUAAUAGGGGCAUUAGACCUUAUACUUAAGGCGUCUAUCCUCCUAACUUUGGUUGAUUUAUCUUGAAAGUACGAAUACCUUAUAAAUUAGGAAAAAAUAAAUAUUUAAUUUUUAAUUUUAAGCAUUUUAAUUAUAAAAAUUUUAACUUCGUACUUUUAUCUAAAAAUCUCAACUUUAGAAUUAAGGGUAUCAUAUGUUAUAUUGAUGACAACUAUAAGAGGUAGGUGCUA